AAGAGCCACUUUUGGGGAAAUGGUUAAAGUUCCCUGUCCAGGAUUUUUUGAAGAAAUCACCAAUAUCCAUGGCACCCUUCAAAGAAACUGUACAGAGGAGGCAUAUUGGUCAGAACCAUUCCCACCUUACACCGUUGCAUGUGGUUUCGAUGAAGGUUCCAGUAAAGGGCCUGAGGAUCAGAAAAUUCCACUGUACACGGAAUUACAUCCAUAUGCACCUGUUUGUAUCCUUUAUCCUGAGAGCAAUUGCUGUUUUCACCAAAGAUGCUGUUUUGUUUGCCGAUGAAACCAUGGACCACUGCCAAAUGUCAACGGUUACUUGUAAGGCUGCUCUGGCAUUCUUUCAGUUCAGCAUUUUAGCCAACUUCUUCUGGCUUCUGAUAGAAGGCAUAUACCUGCAAACACUGCUUUUGCUGACCUUUGUUUCUGAUAAGCAGUAUGUAUGGUGGUUCAUAUUUGCUGGCUGGGGAGCUCCCACUCUGGUGGUAUCUGCUUGGGUCCUCACAAGAAUCCAUCACCAGAACACAGGAUGUUGGGAUGAUGAUGAAAAUGGAUUAGUGCUAUGGAUCAUCAAAGGCCCCAUUCUGCUAACCGUAUUAAUUAACUUUAUUAUAUUUAUUAAUGUGAUCAGAAUUCUAGUCCAUAAAUUGAAAUCUCAAGAGGGAGGAGGAAGCCAUUCAAGCCACUUUGUGAGACUUGCUAAAUCCACAUUACUCUUGAUCCCUCUCUUUGGAGUGCAUUAUAUUGUAUUUGCAUUUUUCCCAGAAAGCACUGGUCUGGAAGCUCGACUUUAUAUUGAGCUGGGCUUGGGUUCCUUUCAGGGCUUUGUUGUUGCUCUCCUGUAUUGCUUCUCAAAUGCAGAGGUUCAAAGUGAGCUCAAGAAACAACUGUGUAAAUGGCAGUAUCAAGAAUACCUUAACUUCACACACAAACACAGGACUUUGUCCAGAGAAAACAGUCCAGUCAACUACGUCACUCAAUUAUCACUGCUUGAAAAAAACAGUCCAAAAAGGAAAAUAUCUGAAUACCAGAAUGGUGUCACUUCUGUCUGAGCUUAUCUAGCAAGCUGAGUUGCUGUGAUAUUGUAAUAUACUACCUAAG